AUGAAUAUAAGAGACGAGAAAAUAAUUAUGGCACAUUCACUCGUUCAAUUAGAUGAUUUGUCAGAUGAAGUUCUUAUUUAUAUUUUGAAAAAAUUAGACAAUGAUCAAGUACUGUAUUCUUUAAUGGGUGUUAAUAAACGGCUCAAUACAUUGGUACAUGAUUCAAUUUUUACAAGUCAUUUAACAUUGAUGACGAGAUCCGCCAAUGAUUGUAUCUCACCAUUAUCCGAGAGAAUACUUCAUCGAUUUUACUCACAAAUUUUACCUGAAAUUCAUCAUCAAAUUCAAUGGCUAAACGUUGAAUCAUCAUCUAUGGAACGGAUUCUUUCUGGAAAUUAUCCAAAUUUAUAUGGACUCGGUUUAUAUAAUCUUGAAAUAGAAACCACGGCACAUUUAUUCACUAAUGGAAAUAUUUUUACUGAUUUAAUGAAAAAUCAAAUUUUAUCAUUUAUUAUCUCUAUUAGACAAAAUAGAAAGCAAACUUCAAUAAAAGAUAAGAAUACCAUUAUGUUUACAAAUCUCUUUACUAUGUUCACCAAUCUACAGUAUUUAAACUUCUGUUCAUCUUCAAUUGAUUCUCAAUACAUAUCAUUUGAGAUUUCACCUCCAAUCUUUAUUUCAUCAACACUUUUAGAACUACAUGUCAGUGUAGGAAGCUUUAACGACUGUCUUUAUCUACUUGAUGGACGUUUUGAUCAACUGCGAGCACUUUAUGUUAACAUUUCUUGGAUUCAUUGUUAUUCACGUUUAAUAAGCAAUAAUAUGGAAAGUUUACCUGAUUUAAAAUGCUUUUCAUUACAUUGUGGUACAGAUACACUUGCUUAUGAUGAACUAAUUGUUCCAUUGUUACAUCGAAUGUUCAAUUUAGAAAAGCUUGAUUUAUAUCUUGCGAUUUGUUGCAAGAACGCAUUAAUCGAUGGCAAUAAUUUGAAAAAAAAUAUUAUCAAUCGUAUGCCGAAAUUAAAUAAAUUUACAUUCAAUAUUCGCUCAACUGUUCGUCUUAAUAAUCAAAUCAAUUUACCGUCCAAUGAAGAUAUUCAAUAUACGUUUAAUCACUUUCCAAAUAAUCAAAUUAUUUCUUGUGUUGAUUAUUUUUCCGAGAUAAAACAAGGUCAAUGUCAUAUUUAUUCAUAUCCAUACGAAUGGAAAGCGUGUCAUAAAAUAACAAAUAACUUUCCAGGUGGAAUAUCUAAAUAUGUACGUGAAGUAUCGCUAUUUGAUGAACAACCUUUUGAACAUUAUUUUUUUUUUCAAAUUUCAAAAUCAUUUCCAUUCAUAAAAAAAUUAACUUUAAUUAAUGAAAAACCACAAAAUGAUAAGCAAUCUGGAAAAUUAGAUGAUAAAAAUGAGCAUUUGUCAAUCAGUGAAUAUCCACAUCUUUCUCAACUUAAUCUUACUGAAGCUCAUGAUGAUUAUAUCGAAGAAUUUCUUGUUGAUACGAAAACCUGUUUACCAAAUAAUCUAUAUCUUUCUGUUGAUUAUCAAGCACUGAAACGUGUGACGCAACAUUUUACAAGUAAUAGAACACGAAAUAAUUGUAAAAAACUGCGUAGUUUAAGUCUAAUAGGAAAAUAUCGAAUUCCUAAAUAUGUAAAAGAAUAUUUUCCUCAUACAAAAAUAUUAUGA